CAGCAAUACGAAAUAAAUUUGUAAACCAAUAUCCUUUAGAAAUUGGACUUUACCUUACAGCAUCGGGUGCAUCAUGUGAUGCAAUUAAUACAAUGCAUAAUGCCGGCAUUUCAGUUUGCUAUAAAACUGUUGAAAAUUAUAAAAAAAAAAUAGCUAAUGUACAUCCAGAAAAUAUUCGAAAGUAUUUUACCGAAAAGAAUAAUAGCUUCUUUGUUUACAAUCUUGAUGAUUACCAUAAUAUACAUAGAAUAAGACGUCCUGAUACUGUAUUUCUCUCAACUGCAGCCCAUUUUGCAACAUGUGUUA